GGCCCGGCCGGAGCGGGAGCCCAAGCGCGGCGGGCGCGGUGGCCGGGGCGGGGGGCUUGGGCCGGCGAAGAUGGCGAACGUGGGGCUGCAGUUCCAGGCGAGCGCCGGGGACGCGGACCCGCAGAGCCGGCCGCUGCUGCUGCUCGGGCAGCUGCACCACCUGCACCGCGUGCCCUGGAGCCACGUCCGCGGGAAGCUGCUGCCCCGGGUCACCGAGGAGCUCUGGCAGGCUGCCCUAAGCACCCUCAACCCCAGCCCCACGGACAGCUGUCCCCUCUACCUGAACUAUGCCACCGUGGCCGCCCUGCCCUCCAGGGUGAGCAGGCACAAUAGCCCCUCGGCCGCGCAUUUCGUCACCCGGCUCGUGCGGACCUGCCUGCCGCCGGGAACCCAUCGGUGCAUUCUGAUGGUCUGUGAGCGGUCGGACGCCUUCGCCUCGGCCUGUGCCCUGGCCCGCGCUUUCCCACUCUUCACCCAACGCUCGGGGGCCUCACGGCGGCCAGAGAAGAAGACCGUCACAGUGGAGUUUUUCCUGGUGGGACAAGACAACGGGCCAGUGGAAGUGUCCACUUUGCAAUGUUUAACAAGCGCCACAGAAGGCGUGCGGCUGGCAGCCCGCAUCGUGGACACGCCCUGCAAUGAGAUGAACACAGACACCUUCCUCGAGGAGAUUAAGAAAGUUGGAAAAGAACUGGGGAUCGUCCCAACCGUCAUCCGGGAUGAGGAGCUGAAGGCGAGAGGAUUUGGAGGGAUCUACGGUGUGGGCAAGGCUGCCCUCCACCCCCCAGCCCUAGCCGUCCUCAGCCACACCCCAGACGGAGCCACCCAGACCAUCGCGUGGGUGGGCAAGGGCAUCGUCUACGACACCGGGGGUCUCAGCAUGAAGGGGAAGACCACCAUGCCGGGGAUGAAGAGGGACUGCGGAGGCGCCGCAGCCGUGCUGGGGGCCUUCAGAGCCGCCGUCAAGCAGGGUUUCAGAGACACCCUCCAUGCUGUGUUCUGCCUGGCUGAGAACUCGGUGGGACCCAGCGCCACGAGGCCGGACGACAUCCACCUGCUGUACUCAGGAAAGACUGUGGAAAUCAACAACACGGAUGCCGAGGGCAGGCUGGUGCUGGCAGACGGCGUGUCCUACGCGUGCAAGGACCUGGGCGCCGACAUCAUCCUGGACAUCGCCACGCUGACCGGAGCUCAGGGCAUCGCCACGGGCAAGUACCACGCGGCAGUGCUCACCAACAGCGCCGAGUGGGAGGCGGCCUGCAUGAAGGCCGGGCGGCAGUGCGGGGACCUGGUGCACCCGCUCGUCUACUGCCCGGAGCUGCACUUCAGCGAGUUCACCUCGGCCGUGGCCGACAUGAAGAACUCAGUGGCGGACCGGGACAACGGCCCCAGCUCCUGCGCCGGCCUGUUCAUCGCCUCGCACAUCGGCUUCGACUGGCCCGGGGUCUGGGUCCACCUGGACAUCGCCGCACCCGUGCACGCCGGUGAGCGGGCCACGGGCUUCGGUGUGGCCCUCCUGCUGGCACUCUUCGGCCGGGCCUCUGAGGACCCUCUGCUGAACCUGGUGUCCCCGCUAGGCUGUGAGGUGGACGCCCAGGAGGGGGACGUGGAGAGGGACUCCAAGAAGCGCAGGCUCGUGUGACGUGGCUGCCCCGCCCGGCGACGCUGGGCUUUUUACCUCACUUUGCACUGAUUAAUUGUAAGCAAUUGGAUGAUUAUACCUUAAGAUGAGCUUCGGUUUGUUUUGUUUUUAGUUGUCGUGGUGACGGAAAGGGCUCCUUCUUGUAAGUCUUAGGAGACAGCUCAGGGUUUGGCAGGGCCCCCGGGAGGGAUGUGCGGGCAGCACUGGGCUUGUUUCUGUUUGAUUCGCUGCCAGCUUCUGCAGACCGUGCUCCCUGCUGGGGCCUCCGCAUGACCCCGGGCCCCAGGAUGCAUGCGCGGCCCUGACACUCUGGGCUGCGUGGCCCUUGGGCCGCCUGCCCCUGCUCAGUGUCCACGGUGGGUGCCGUGGCCCAGUCUCCAGCCCAGGCCCUGCGCGUGGCACCCACAUUACAGAGAGCCCAGGCCCGUGCUCCAGCCAGGGCUGCCGCUGCCUCCAGGCAGCCCUGCCCUUUGAAAGGAUGGAGGUGACUUAUUUCGGGGACCCAAUUUUAUGGAGCAAGAGGAAGCUCUACUCUGGCCCCUUAGAAUUCACUGGGGGUGGAAUUAAAUAUGG